GGACUCCACUGGAGUCACAGAGUCGCCUUUGAACCGCAAGUGAACUCGAGGGCUGCAGUCGCAGCCGAGCUCCCGCGGCCGCCGGCGCCCCGCUGCCUCCUCGCGCGACACAACCCCAGGCUCCUCUCCUGCCGAGCCAGGGUGCCCAAAGUCUAUCUGUCCUUCCCUUCGGUACCUGCACCCUUAGCAGUUCGGAGCUGGCUUCUGUUUUCCGUUAGCGCUUUGCUGCACGGACAAAUGCAUACAAAUGCAUUUAGGCGCCCACAGGACAAGGCGUGGAAAGGUCUUCUCCCGAACCUGCCUCUUCAUUUUAUUCUGCUAUGUGUGGCUGGAAUUGUUGUUCAUGCACAAGAACAAGGCAUAGAUAUUCUUCAUCAACUAGGCCUUGGAGGCAAAGAUGUAAGACACUCAUCAUCAGUGACUGCUCUACCAUCAUCAUCUACACCAUUACCUCAGGGGUUCCAUGUAACAGAAUCAGGUGUCAUUUUAAAAAAUGACACUUAUAUUGAGUCACCUCUCAUGAACAUUUUACCUGCCAAUUUAGGACAGUCAUUUACAAUGUUAAUUGGGUUACAGUCACAUAGAAUGAACAAUGCAUUUCUCUUCAGCAUUAGAAAUAAGAAUAAGCUGCAAUUAGGAGUCCAGUUACUACCUAAAAAGUUAGUUGUACAUAUUGGAGGAAAACAAUCUGUAGUUUUCAACUCCAGUGUUCAUGAUGGGCAAUGGCACUCAUUUGCCAUUACUGUUACAAACCAAGUUGUCUCCAUGUUUGUUGAGUGUGGAAAGAAAUAUUUUAGCAGAGAGACUACUUCUGAAGUCCCGACUUUUGAUUCUAACAGUGUGUUUACCUUGGGAAGUAUAAAUAAUAAUUCAGUCCAUUUUGAAGGAAUAGUAUGUCAGUUGGAUAUUAUUCCUGCUGCUGAAGCAUCUGCAGACUACUGCAGGUAUGGGAAACAGCAGUGUCACCAAGCAGACAAAUUUCGACCUGAAACAAGCCUUCUUCGCACAACCAUCAUAGCAGCCAAGAUACCAGAGAGCUCUCCCCUGCCCAAACAACGUGAUGAAAUAGGACUGUCAGAGGAUAUAUUUACGGAAGGCAAAAGCAUUCUAAAUAUCAUCAAUGACUCUGCUACAGUGCAAAAAGUACAAGAACACCAGAUGUCAAGAUCUCAGUUAACAUCUCUUCAUUCAGGAAAUAUCUCUGCUGUGGAUCUCACCAACUAUGGGAUUCAGGUCAAAGAAAUGACCACUGAGAAACAUACACAGACAAAUAUAAGCCAGUCAGUGACUCAUCAUCGAUUCAGUGAUACAAGAAUGAAUGCCAGUGAGAAACUGAUUUCUCCCUUAAAUGUUUCUGACAAUAUCACAGCGUAUGAUGAUAAAGUAACUGCUUUGCCACUGUUUAAGAAAAUGUCAUCUAUUCUUCCACGUUUAAAACAGGAUGCAAUCACUGAUCAUAACAAGGCUAUCACAGCAAAUCUACACACUAAUGAACUAAUGGAAAUGCAACAGAUUUUAAAUACAACCUUCUAUAGAGUGACAGAUGAACCAUCUGUGAAUAACCACCUUGAUCUAAGGAAGGAAGGUGAAUUUUAUCCUGACACUACUUACCCCAUUGAAAAUAGCUAUGAAACUGAGCUUUAUGACUAUUAUUAUGAUGAGGAUCUUAAUACACUGCUUCGCAUGGAGUAUCUGAGAGGGCCAAAAGGGAACACUGGACCUCCUGGUCCUCCUGGUCCCACAGGUAUUCCUGGUCCAUCAGGAAAGAGAGGUCCACGGGGUAUACCAGGGCCACAUGGAAAUCCUGGGCUACCUGGAUUACCAGGUCCAAAGGGCUCCAAAGGAGAUCCAGGUUUUUCCCCAGGUCAAGCUGUUUCUGGAGAAAAGGGUGAUCAAGGGCUUUCUGGACUAAUGGGCCCCCCUGGUAUGCAAGGUGAGAAGGGCGCCAAAGGAUACCCAGGGCUCCCAGGCCUCCAAGGUGAACAAGGAAUCCCAGGACUCGCUGGUAAUAUUGGUUCACCUGGUUACCCUGGCAGGCAGGGUUUAGCUGGACCAGAAGGUAAUCCAGGUCCAAAAGGUGUACGAGGUUAUAUUGGAUCUCCUGGAGAAGCAGGACCACUGGGACCUGAAGGAGAAAGGGGUAGUCCCGGAAUCCGUGGAAAGAAAGGUCUUAAGGGAAGGCAGGGUUUUCCAGGUGACUUUGGAGAGAGAGGCCCUGCUGGUCUUGAUGGCAGUCCUGGACUGGUAGGUGGCAUUGGUCCUCCAGGGUUUCCUGGGCUUAGAGGCAGUUUUGGUCCUGUGGGACCAGUUGGACCUUCUGGAAUUCCUGGGCCAAUGGGCCUUUCAGGAAAUAAGGGACUACCUGGAAUCAAAGGUGAUAAGGGUGAACAAGGCAUGGCAGGAGAACAAGGAGAACCAGGGUAUCCUGGAGAUAAGGGCACUGUUGGUUUGCCAGGACUGCCAGGGAUGAGAGGAAAGCCAGGACUUUCAGGUCAACCAGGUGACCCAGGACCUCAAGGACCACCUGGCCCUCCAGGACCAGAGGGUUUUCCAGGAGAUAUUGGGAUUCCUGGACAAAAUGGCCCUGAAGGACCAAAGGGACUCCUUGGAAACAGAGGGCCUCCUGGACCUUCUGGUCUCAAAGGAACUCAGGGAGAAGAAGGACCAAUGGGACCCUUUGGAGAACUGGGGCCUAGAGGAAAACCAGGUCAAAAGGGGUCUAUAGGUGAACCAGGACCAGAAGGCUUAAAGGGAGAAGUAGGAGAUCAAGGAGAUAUUGGAAAAAUUGGUGAAACAGGACCUGUCGGUUUACCUGGGGAAGUUGGUACAACUGGAAGCAUUGGUGAAAAGGGAGAUCGUGGCAGUCCAGGCCCUCUGGGUCCCCAGGGAGAAAAGGGUGCUAUGGGAUAUCCAGGUCCUCCUGGGGUACCAGGACCAAUGGGUACAUUGGGAUUACCUGGUCUUGUAGGGGCAAGAGGAUCACCUGGCAGUCAAGGUCCUAAAGGACAAAGGGGACCUAGAGGCCCAGACGGUCUCCCAGGAGAGCCAGGUUUACAAGGUGCCAAGGGUGAAAGGGGAGAUCAAGGGAAACGAGGCCCUCCUGGUCUUACUGGUAAGACUGGAAGCCCUGGGGAGAGAGGAAUUCAAGGAAAAUCAGGUUUGCAAGGACCCCCUGGAAAUACAGGAGAUAAAGGAGUUGCAGGAGAACCAGGACCACGAGGACUUCAAGGCGAUGCUGGGCCACCUGGAGAAAUGGGUGUUGAGGGACCUCCAGGUAUUGAAGGAGAGCCUGGUCUGCAAGGCGAUCCAGGUGCAAAGGGAGAUGUCGGACCUGCAGGGAGUGUUGGAGGAACUGGGGAACCAGGGUUACGGGGUGAACCAGGAGCUCCUGGAGAAGAAGGUCUCCAAGGAAAAGAUGGAUUAAAGGGAACUCAAGGAGGCAGGGGUUUUCCAGGAGAGGAUGGAGAAAAAGGAGAUAUGGGCUUACAAGGAACUCCAGGGCCCUUGGGUAAACCAGGUCACAUGGGCCUUCCGGGACCAGAAGGAAUUGUGGGAAUUCCAGGGCAAAGAGGUCGUCCAGGAAAAAAGGGUGAUAAAGGAAAAGCAGGACCCACUGGAGAAGUUGGAAGCAGAGGUGCUCCUGGACAGACUGGGGAAAAUGGUCCUAAGGGUGCCCGAGGAACUAGAGGUGCUGUGGGUCCUAUAGGAUUAAUGGGACCUGAUGGAGAGACUGGAAUUCCAGGUUAUAGUGGCCAUCAAGGUCAACCAGGACUCUCUGGGUUUCCAGGACCUAAAGGAGAAAAGGGUUACCCAGGAGAAGAUAGCGCAGUCCUAGGACCACCUGGGCCUCGAGGUGAACCAGGUCCAAUGGGGGAACAAGGAGAGAGAGGAGAACCUGGAGCAGAGGGCUAUAAGGGUCAUGUGGGUGUGCCAGGAUUAAGAGGUGCUACUGGACAACAAGGACUCCCAGGUGAGCCAGGUGACCAGGGUGAACAAGGACCAAAAGGAGAGAGGGGAUCUGAAGGCCCUAAAGGCAAAAAAGGAGCUCCUGGUCCUCCUGGAAAACGUGGGGUUCCUGGACUUCCAGGCCCCCCUGGGCCAAAAGGCAUACAAGGAUACCAUGGACAAGAUGGGAUUUCAGGAAAUCCUGGAAAAGUUGGCCCACCAGGAAAACAGGGACUUCCUGGCAUCAGAGGCAGCCAAGGGAAACCAGGACUGAGUGGGUCUCCAGGACCUCGAGGAGUAAAGGGUUCAUCAGGCCCUCCAGGAAGUGCUGGAAGGCUAGGCCCAAAGGGUGAACAAGGACUACCUGGUCAACCUGGAAUUCAAGGUAAAAGAGGUCACCGAGGAGCACAGGGUGAUCAAGGACCGUGUGGAGAUCCUGGCCUUAAGGGGCAGCCUGGAGAACAUGGUGAUCAAGGCUUGACAGGUUUCCAAGGAUUCCCAGGCCCCAAAGGUCCAGAGGGGGAUGCUGGCAGUGCUGGAAUAUCAGGUCCUAAAGGCCCCACGGGACUGAGAGGAAACACUGGCCCUCUUGGCAGAGAAGGCAUAAUAGGUCCAACAGGUAGAACUGGACCCAGAGGUGAAAAAGGCUUUAGAGGUGAAGCUGGCCCCCAAGGACCAAGAGGUCAACCAGGGCCUCCAGGUCCACCUGGAGCACCAGGCCCUAGAAAACAAAUGGAUAUCAAUGCUGCUAUUCAAGCCUUGAUUGAAUCAAAUGCUGCCCUACAGAUGGAGAGCUACCAGAAUACUGAAGUGACUUUAAUCGACCACAGUGCAGAGAUAUUCAAAACUCUGAACUACCUUAGCAAUUUACUGCACAGCAUCAAGAAUCCUCUUGGCACAAGAGAUAACCCAGCACGAAUCUGCAAAGAUUUGCUCAACUGUGAACACAAAGUAUCAGAUGGAAAAUACUGGAUUGACCCAAAUCUUGGAUGCCCUUCAGAUGCUAUUGAGGUUUUCUGCAAUUUCAGCGCUGGUGGCCAGACAUGUUUAUCUCCUGUUUCUGUGACAAAGUUGGAGUUUGGUGUUGGGAAAGUCCAGAUGAACUUCCUUCAUUUACUGAGCUCAGAAGCUACUCAUGUCAUCACCAUUCAUUGUCUGAACACUGCAAGGUGGACAAGUACACAAACAAGUGGCCCAGGACUGCCCAUUGGUUUUAAGGGAUGGAAUGGUCAGAUCUUUGAAGAAAACACUCUACUUGAACCUAAAGUGCUUUCAGAUGACUGCAAGAUUCAGGAUGGCAGCUGGCAUAAGGCAAAAUUCCUUUUUCACACCCAGGACCCUAAUCAACUUCCAGUGGUUGAAGUACAAAAACUUCCUCAUCUCAAAACUGAACAAAAGUAUUACAUCGAAAGCAGUUCUGUAUGCUUUCUCUAAUGUCUCUGAAUUAGUUCAGAAAUCAUGCUGUUGGUCAGGUAAUCACUGCAGAGGGGAAAACCUAGAAAGAUAAUGUCAGUAUGAAAUGCAUGGAAUAAAGUCUUGGUUAAAGAAUCUCAGGAAGAAAAGAUUUGCUCCUAAGAAGGAGAAAAGGCAUUUUUAAAGGACUAUGAUUGAUAAAGUAUUUAAUUCUUUUAAAAGUUAUAUUGAUCUGAGCUUUCUUAGAGAAUUCCCUAGAACUGAAAAUUAAUAAACACGGAAUUCUUCAGGGUAUUCUAUGUUUUUUGACUGCCUGAGAGCAAAGUUUCCAUUAGACAGCUGGAGACGCAGAGCACUGUGGAACAGUACUGGCUAAUGUUCCCAAAUGUGCAAUGCUUCUGUCUAAAAUUACAAGCUACAGUCUAAUAUGUCAUAUUUUCUCAAACACUAAGCUGUAUUCAGGUCCCCAUUGGGCAUAUACAUCUUAGCCGGUGGUACACUACCUCUUACAUGUUGCCUUUUUGUGUUGCUUGGUGCUCUUUCUAAACCAAGGUGCUUGUGGCUUUCGUAGACUAUUUUAUUUCUUUUUUUCUCUUUGUCAUUAAGAGUGUAUGUACUGGUUACAUCAACAUAUGUAUUGAUUGUUACUUAUUUUAAUUUGUUUGGUCACAUACUUAAUAACAAGUAAAACAAUUAUUUAUGUGAAGUCCUUCUUUUAUUUUAAAAUUCUCUUGGUACAUAUGGAAUCAAAGCCAGCACAUUGUAACCAGCACAUUAUAACACAAGAGAAUUGAAAGGUUUCUUUUGUUUCUGUUUAUUUUUUAAAUUGCUAUAGAAAAUAUGAUGGGCCAGCCGCAUCCAGUAGUAGGUUUGGGUUAGAGAUUAGGAGUUGUGAUAUACUGUUUUAAAAAUCCAUGAUCAUCUGGAAUGAUACUUUGUGUAUAUAUAUUUUGUAAAAUUUUAAUUCAGCAAAUCUUUUGAAGUUGCUGCUGUUUUAAAUUAUAAAAACUUUAUAUUUCUGCUUUGUAGAAAGCACAUAUUUUUUUGAAGUAUUCAUUGAUUUUCUUUCACUGUGCUUAAAUUUAAUGUGUUAGGACUUAAAGAAUUUAAUUUACCAGCCUUGAAGGAAACAUCCAGGAAAAAAAAAAGGUCUUUUGCCUUUCAAAUAGGCUUAUUUAGUUCAAUCUUUCCUUGUCGUCAGAGAAAUGUUAGUUCAGCAUUAAAAGAAAAAUAUUGUACCUCUUGGUAUAUAGAAAAGCUUGUUCAUCUAUUAUACCGUUAGCCACAGCAAACAACACUUACCUAUCUAUAAUAAAAAUGUGCUUUAAUUAUU